AGAGAAACUGCUAUAAGGCAAUGUAACUAGCUGGGGAGUAUACUUAAUUAAGAUGUCCUCAGUUAAGCAACUGGUAUCUUAAACCUUCCAGCUUCAUUCUUCAUGAUCCCUAUAUAUGUUUACAUUUUGGACCACUGAAUAAGCUAGGCCCUGAGAAUGGAAACAUGAAUUACUUCUGCCCUACUUUUAAAGGAAUUACAAUCUAUGCAGGAAAUUACCUGCAGGAAAGCAGGUACGUAUAAAUUCUGAAUAAUUAAGUACAUAAAGAGAGCAAAAUGAACUGGAUGCAGGUUAACUCUGAUGAAAAUUUUAAGGAGACUAUGCCUCUCUGGUCCCCCAGCUUCACAGAAAAAAAGAAAAAAAAACUGGAUAGUCAGUUACAGUGGGAUACCUAUACUUGGGAAAAACACAAGUGUAAAUCUGCCAUUCCCAUGAAUUCAGGAUAAAUCUUGGCACAUAAGUAGGUGCUCAAAUUUUGUAAAAUUAAUUUUGAUUCUUUAUCACCCUGGUCAAUACACUACCAGAACUCAAAUCUUACUACUUGCCUUUCUAUGUCAAUCCCAUUUUUAAAACUGACCUACCAAAAAACAGAAAAAGAAGAAGAAAUUCACCAAAUCAAAAGAGAGGAAGUGCUAAGCAAAUACAGGAACCAAAAAAGGGUUAUAGAGGCUGCUUUACACUGUCUCAUUCAGUUCCUUUGUGGUCCUCCUCUUCAGCACAUGCCAAAGGAGUUCCUCACAACCUGUGAGACAAGGGCAUCUUGGAUGUGGGACAAUGGAAGAGUUGGAUGCCUUAUUGGAGGAACUGGAACGCUCCACCCUCCAGGACAGUGAUGAAUAUUCCAGCCCAGCUCCUCUUCCCUUGGAUCAGCUUUCCAGAAAGGAGAAUAACCUCAAAGAGUCUUCAAAUAAUCUUUCUGUUAAGGAUAAUAAAAGUCCUUUGCCGUGAGGUCCAAGAGCCAAAGGAAUUACCACCGCCUUCUAAAACCUCAGCAGCCGCUCAGCUGGAUGAGCUCAUGGCCCACCUGAGUGAAAUGCAGGACAAGGUUGCAGUGAAAGCAGAUGCUGGCAAGAAGCACUUACCAGACAAGCAGGAUCACAAGGCCUCCCUGGACUCAAUGCUUGGGGGCUUGGAACAGGACUUACAGGACCUCGGCAUUGCCACAGUGCCCAAGGGCCACUGUGCCUCCUGCCAGAAACCGAUUGCUGGGAAGGUGAUCCAUGCUCUAGGGCAAUCCUGGCAUCCAGAGCACUUCAUCUGUACUCACUGCAAAGAAGAGAUUGGCUCUAGUCCCUUCUUUGAGCGGAGUGGCUUGGCCUACUGCCCCAAGGACUACCACCAGCUCUUUUCUCCACGCUGUGCGUACUGUGCUGCUCCCAUCCUGGAUAAAGUGCUGACGGCAUUGAACCAGACCUGGCACCCAGAGCACUUCUUCUGCUCUCACUGUGGAGAGGUGUUUGGCACAGAAGGCUUUCUUGAGAAGGACAAGAAGCCUUAUUGCCGCAAGGAUUUCUUAGCCAUGUUCUCACCCAAGUGUGGUGGCUGCAACCGCCCAGUGUUGGAAAACUACCUUUCAGCCAUGGACACCGUCUGGCACCCAGAGUGCUUUGUGUGCGGGGACUGCUUCAGCAGUUUUUCUACCGGCUCCUUCUUUGAACUGGAUGGGCGUCCGUUCUGUGAGCUCCAUUACCAUCACCGCCGAGGAACCCUCUGCCGCGGGUGUGGACAGCCCAUCACUGGCCGCUGUAUCAGUGCCAUGGGGCACAAGUUCCAUCCUGAGCACUUUGUCUGUGCUUUCUGCCUGACACAGUUGUCAAAGGGCAUCUUCAGGGAGCAGAAUGACAAGACCUACUGUCAACCCUGCUUCAAUAAGCUCUUCCUGCUGUAAUCUCAACUGAUCCACAGCCUCUUCUGAUCCCACUAUAAAAUUGAAACCAAGAGAGAAAAGAGCAAAUUUGCUGUUACUGACCUUCUGCUUAGUAGGCAUAUAGAGAAAGUAAAGGUGAUGAACAAAGAAGAGAACUCCUAGCCUUUA